AUGGAGUCGCCAUCGUCGCCCUAUGCCGGCCAGAAGCGCAAGGUCGCCGACAUGAGUUCCGAUAGCGAAGAUGACCGCCCGACGACCAGCUUUCGAGGUUUCGCCAGAGCGCGAGACCGCUCCGAAUCGCCCCCGAGAAUGGGCGGUUUGGGCAGCGCCAAUCGCAACCCGUGGAACAAAAUGAAUAAUGGCACUAGCGAUGCUACAGCACCUCGCGGUGGAGGUGCCUCCCGUGGAGGGAAGGGCUCCGGGGGCAACUCAUUCGCCGCGCGCAUGAUGGCGAAGAUGGGUUACAAGGAGGGACAGGGCCUUGGGUCUAGCGGGCAGGGUAUCGUCAAACCGAUCGAAGCCCAGGCGCGCCCGCAAGGUGCCGGUCUGGGUGCAGUCCGGGAAAAGACCAAGCAAGCACGCGAGGAGGAACGACGAGACGCCGCGCGACGAGGCGAGACAAUCGACGACAGCUCCGAUGAGGAGAAGCUAAGACGGCGGAAGAAGAAGGAGGGGCGCAAGACAGAGUCUCGCAGUGGAACAGGCACCCCGGUACCGCGGCCCAAGAAACCCCAGUUCCGGACAGCACAUGAGAUGGAGACCGAUAUGGAAGGUCUCGAGGUGCCGAAUGUCCUCAAAUCACUCAUUGAUGCCACCGGGAAAGAGCAACGCACCUUGACAUCGACUGCUGGCUUGAUGGCAGGGCAGGGAUUCGUCGGUUCGGGCGAAGGAGAAGCAUUGAAAAUCGCCCGGCGUGCUCGACAUGAUUUGGAGGCAUUUGCAGACGAAUGGAAGGGCUUGACCGAAAGGAAACGUUUUAUCGAGAUUGAGGAAGCGCAGGUAGUGGAAGAGCUAGAUGCCUACCAAACCCGAGUCAAUCAUCUUACUGGGCUAAUCGCCGCCGUGGAAGAGCUGGAUCUCUUUGAACAUGACGAAAGUAUUGCAGCCAAAUUCGACGAAAUGACUGGCAAGCUUGAAGCCAUGAAGACUCAAUAUCAGGACGUUAUGAAUGAUUACAAGCUAGCCGAGGCUGCAGUCGCUGCUAUGCACCCGCUAUUCCGCCAGGCGAUGGAGGAGUGGGAGCCUUUGCAGAAUCCCACGUUCCUGGUGUCGAACCUUACCCGCCUCCAGCCGCUUCUCGCUCGCCGGAGUGAGAAUGAAGAGUUCCAACGGCAAUCGACAUCGCCCUAUGAAACGAUGAUAUACACUCUCUGGCUUCCACGAGUUCGUUCAGCCCUUAUGAAUGACUGGGAUGUCUAUGACCCGACACCUGCGACUACCUUGGUUAAUUCCUGGAAGGCGAUCGUCCCUCCAUUUGUACUUGCCAAUGUUCUUGAUCAACUGGUUGUCCCUAAGCUCAGCGGGGCAUUGAAGGAGUGGAAGCCCCGAAGCAGCCGACGACAUCCAUCUCAGCACGAUGGAAAGUUUCCAUGGUGGCUGUUUCAAUGGCUGCAAUACUUGGAUGAAAAACACACCAAUCCUAAGCAGCCAACGGGUCUCAUGUCAGACACCAAGAGAAAGUUCCGUGUGGUGUUGGAUUCAUGGAGUCUACACAGGGGCCUUAUCAAUGGCCUGGACCUCUGGAAAGAUGCUCUGGGCAGCGAGUUCGAUGUGUGUCUACGCAACCACUUGCUACCGCGCUUGGCGCGUCAUCUCCGUGAAGAUUUCAUCGUGAAUCCUCAGGAACAGGAUUUGACCGCACUCGAGGAUGUUUUCCGGUGGAAGGGCUAUUUCCAAACCGUGGUCAUGGGCGAGCUGCUUGUCUCCGGCUUUUUCCCGAAGUGGCACGAGAUUCUUUACAUCUGGCUCACCAAUGAUCCCAACCUCGAGGAAGUUGCUACUUGGUUCUCUUGGUGGAAAGAACAGAUUCCGACCGAGAUCAACGAAGUUGCCAAGGUGGACAAUGAAUGGAAUAAGGGCAUCCAGACUAUGCACCUCGCAGCAGAGCUAGGAGAUCGAGCUGCUGCCGAGCUCCCACGCCCAGCCACUGCUCGAGCUACAAUUCCCACGCGGGAAGACACUGUGGCCGAGGCAGCGGCGGCAGCAGCAGCAGCUCCCCCACCAAAGCCGAAAACACACAUCGAGGAGGAGAUUUCAUUCAAAGACAUCCUGGAAAACUGGUGUGUGGAACAGGGGCUCAUUAUGCUGCCGUUGCGCGAGGCACACCCGCAAACCGGGCAGCCGUUGUUCCGCAUUACAGCGAGCGCAACCGGAAGAGGUGGAGUGGUGGCCUUCUUGCAGGGAGAUAUCGUCAUGGUACAAAACAAGAAGGCCAAGGAAGUAUGGGAGCCCAUGGGCUUGGACGACCAGUUGGUAGAGCGCGCCGAGGGCCGCUAG